AUGAAACCAGCAACGGUGCCAAUAGUUUCACUUCCACCUUCCAGUCCAGGUCUUCUCAUGCAUCCUUCCUGGCCGCGCUACAGGAACGUGACGGCGGCGAGGAAGCGGAGGCUGUCCCCGCUCAGGCCACGGCUGCCGCUGCCGCCGCCACGCCUCCUCGCCGUGGCUAUCGCCUUCGCCUUUGCAAUCCUCUUCUUGCUCCUCGUGCUUCUCUCCACCACCUCCCCUCCCUCGCCACCGUCCCACCACCACGCCGUCGUCGCAAGACCAUCCUCGUCCUCGGCACCGUCGCCGCCUCGCUGCAGCAGCGCGGCGGCGAGCCUCGGGGAGCUCGGCGACGCGAUGGUGUCCAUGCUGCCCAAGGACCUCCCGUUCACCGUCUUCGUGCCCUCGGCGGACUCUUUCACCCGCGUCCUCAGGCUGCAGGGGCCGUCGUCCAACGCCAGCGCUGCCGCCGCUAGAGGGGAAGCGGCGGCCAGCGACACCGACGCAAACACCUACGCCAUCCUCUCCCGCGUGCUCGGCUUCUCCGCGGUCCCUCGGCGCCUGCUCGCCGCGGACGUGCCGCCGCCGCGCGGGGCCGGGGCGGUGCGCCUCCUGGACUCCGUGUCCGGGCUGAGCCUCUACGCCUCCAUGGACGCGCGCGGGGCGCUCGUCGACGCGCGCGGGGCGCUCGUCGUGAACGGCGUUCGGUCGGAGUGCGUCGAUAUUGUUAGGGGCGAGACCGUGGUGCAUGUCAUCGCGGGUGUCCUCGUGGACGCCGAAUUUGAGCGUUCUUUCUCUGCGGAAUUUGAUGGUUGA